AUGAAGGGAGAAGGAGUUGAGAAAACAGAGCAGGGAAGUGUUGAAAAGAAAAAGAUGGAUUUUAAAGAAGAAAGUCCAAAGAAGCUUGAUUCUAAAGGAGAAAGCAUGAAGAAGUUAGAAAAUAAAGAUGGAGAAAUCGAGAAAAAGAUAAAAGCCAAUCAAGGAGAAAGUAAUAAGAAGAUGGAAGGAGCACAAGGAGAAAGUGAGAGGAAGGUUGAAUCCAAGCAAGAAGAAAGCGAGAAGAUGGUGGAAGGAAAACAAGGAGAAAGUGAGAGGAAGGUGGAUGGAAAACACGUCAAGGACAAAUCCAAGAAGAUCGAGUGUAAAGAUGGAAAUGAAAAUAAGAAGAUGGAGAAUAAAGAGGGAAAUGAAAAUAAGAAAAUUGAAACGGAUGGAAACGGGAAAAAGUUUGACGAUAACGAAUCUAAAGAUGACAAAAGUAAAGAUUCAAAACGAGGAAAGAAACUCAAAAACUCAUUUAUUUUUUAA